AUGACAGCUUCGCAACAAACGCCGACGCGACGCGGCGCCCUGAUUGUCGUCGAAGGUCUCGAUCGCGCCGGCAAAUCGAGCCAAUGCGAAAUGCUACAAAACUACCUCUCUGAACAAGGAUAUAAUGUGAAAUAUAUUCGAUUUCCAGACAGGACCACCCCCAUCGGAAAGCUCAUAGAUAGCUACCUCCGCGGCUCCGCCAACCAAGACGACCACUCCAUCCACCUCCUCUUCUCCGCAAACCGAUGGGAAAUCGCCAAAAGCAUCGAACAAGAUAUCGCUGCCGGAAUCACCGUCAUCGUCGACCGCUACUCAUACUCCGGCGCUGUCUACUCGGCCGCGAAAGCCAACCCCACCCUCUCGCUGGAGUGGGCCUGGCAGCCGGAGAUUGGGCUCCCGCAGCCAGAUAUCUGCUUGUUUCUGAAUAUUUCUGCUGAGGAAGCUGCGAAACGAGGCGGGUUUGGUGCUGAAAGAUAUGAGAAUGAGAGUAUGCAGAGUCGCGUGCGAGAGUUGUUUCGCACGUUGUUUGAGCGGCAGAAGGAUGUUUGUGUCGUCGAUGCAGGGAGGACGCUGGAGGAGGUCUCGACGGAUAUUCAGGCUGCUGUUGCGGGCUGUGUGGCACGACUGGAUGCGAUUGGGCCAUUGAGGACGUUAGGUCCGCUUGCUAAUUAG